AUGCUUGAGGCCGGAUUUCGUCGCGCAAACUGGUCAUGGGUUUCCUGCGACCCUGCCAAGUUGCAAACCCUGGACGACAAAACUCAGCGUUUGCACGAAACUUGGAUACCAGAAUUUGAAGACCUCGAUAAUAAUUCCAUCCGUUUCGCAUUUCCCGCGGGUUAUGAGAGGAUUGGCAACGAGCCUGUCGCUUUUAUUCUUCCUUCCUUCGUUGGUCUUGGACCGCCACGUUUAGGAAGUAUGGAAGCAAGCCAAGGCGAAACAGAGCAGGAAGGAAGGCCAUCGCAGCGAAACGAGAUAUCACAGGCAAAAACACUACUACAAGACGAUGAAGUGCUCCAGGAAACCCCCCCGCCUGCAGAAAUCAAGCCACUUCCAGAAUCUGAGUCACGUCUGGAGCCACACCCGCUGCAGCCAAGGGAAAGUUUACUCGACACAAAAACGUUACCAGACCUCAUAAAUCCGGCAAAUAUAAUGCAACCUCCCGAAGAGCAACCCCACGAGGAGCAAUCCCACGAGGAGCAACUCCACGAGGAGCAACCCCACGAGGAGCAACCUCACGCGCAACAACCCAACGAAAAAGGUGCAACUGACGAUCCCAGAUUCACAUGUGUAGACGGCUUCCUCUACUAUCCGACUCUCCCAGUUUUACUUGAAAGCCUUAUUCGCGCUCGACUCCGUAUUCCCGAGGACACAUUCGGUAUGUGGCGAUCGAUGCUGGAGGUUUGGGCCAUCUCCUAUCUGUGGGGGCAGACCAUGGCACCCGAGGAUGUUCUGGACGGGAUCGAGGACGAUGAUAUUAAAGCGUGGUUUAAUAAGGAAACCAAAAGAUUCGAAGGUGGCAUAGACCGGGUAACCAUCACCAAGAGAAAGGGACGACUGACAGGUACCAGACCAAUAGUGGAUAUAGAUCUAUAA